AUGCCCACCUCUUCCGCCUUUGAGCGCGAGCGCGCCCGUCUCGAGAAGCUGCGUCCGCUCUCCAGCGCGACCGAUCUCACCGACUUCACCGUGUCGACAACCACCAUGGAGCCCGAUUCGGAUCCGGGCUCGGAUGACUUGGCCGACUUUGAAUCAGAAACUCAGAGUCUGACACCCAGCAUCUGGGACUAUGUCCACCAAUAUGGCAGAACCUAUCACCGAUACAUGGCCGGAGCUUAUCCGUUUCCAAAUGACCGACCCGAGCAAGAUCGGCUAGACAUGCAGCACGCCAUAUUCAAAGCCUUGUUCAACCAACGGAAUUACUAUGCUCCACUUAAGCGGUCCAAGAUGAAGCGAAUGCUGGACAUUGGCUGUGGCACUGGCAAAUGGUGCAUGGAGAUGGCCAAAGAAUUCCCAAAGACGAGAGUCGAAGGCAUCGAUCUCUCUCCCAUACAGCCCGACGUCACCCCUGGCAACGUAGACUUCUUCAUCGACGACAUCCGGCGCAAAGAAUGGUGGCGCUGCACCCAACCCUACGACUACAUCCACACCCGCUUCUCCCUCGGCAUCUUUGAAGACUUUCGCGAAAUCAUCCAAAAGGGGUUCAACAACCUCGACCCCGGCGGAUGGAUGGAGUCGCAAGAAAUCUACCCCAAAGUCUACUGCGACGACAACACCAUGCCGCCCGACUUUGAGCUCCUCGAAUGGACAAAGACGCAAGACAUGGCCGCCAUGCGUCUCGGCAUGCCCCUCCGCAUCGCCAACAAACUGAAGAACUGGUACGAGCAGGCGGGCUUCGUCGAAGUCAAGCAGGAAAUCUUUUGCAUCCCCAUCAACAGCUGGCCACGCGACGCUCGGCAUAAACUGCUCGGCAAGUUUCAGCACUGGAACAUGGUCGCCGGCGUCCACGCCUGGACAGUCGAGUACUUUGUCCGCGCCCUGGGCUGGACGCCCGCCGAGGUCGAGGUGUACCUGGCACACUUGCGAAAAUCAAUUGGAGACAAGUCUGUGCAUGCUUACUACAAGGUUUACGUAGUAUGGGGCCGCAAACCCCUCGCCACCGAACCUCCCAGCCCCGUACCCAAGCCCUCACACUGGCCCAAGGAUCCCACUGAAGACGACGACGAGGCCGACGACGACGACGAUACGUAUACGGUUGUGUAA